AUGUUUAUCAGUUUCUUCUCCACUUUUAUCUAAUCUUGUUCUGGCCACACAAACUAGAAUUCAGUCAAAAAUGGCGUCGUUUGUUCGUGUAUUUAAACAUGGUUCUGCAUUCUAUAAUUUGUUGGAACGUAAGUGUGCUGCUGCAGUUGUACCAGUACGUUACCUGAACUUGCAAGAAUAUCAAAGCAAGCAGUUGAUGAGUGAAUAUGGGAUUUGUGUUCAGAAUUUUAGAGUAGCAUCCAACGUUAAUGAAGCAGAAGAAAUUUCUCAUUCUUUUCAUGUCGAAGAAUAUGUUAUUAAAGCUCAAAUCUUAGCUGGUGGCAGAGGUAAAGGUACAUUCUCAAAUGGGUUCAAGGGUGGUGUAAAACUGACAAAAAAUCCAAAAGAUGUUCCGAAUAUUGUAGAACAGAUGAUAGGGCACAAACUUACGACAAAACAAACACCGAAAGGUGGUGUUCUUGUCAACAAAGUCAUGAUAGCUGAAGCCGUUGAUAUAGCUAGAGAAACAUACCUUGCAAUUCUGAUGGAUCGAGAAAGCGGUGGUCCUGUUAUUGUUGCAAGUUCCGCAGGUGGUGUAGAUAUUGAAGAAGUGGCUAGUAAGACCCCUGAACUAAUACAUAAAGAAAUAAUAGACAUUUCCAGAGGAAUUACUGACAGUCAAGCUAGAAACGUAGCUCAGAAACUUAAUUUUAAAGACGACCUCCUUCAUCAGGCUGCACAGCAAAUCAAAAAGUUGUAUGAUCUUUUCAUAAAAGUUGACGCUACACAAAUUGAAAUCAAUCCGUUUGGGGAAAGUAAAGAUAAGAGAGUUAUUUGCUUUGAUGCAAAACUCAAUUUUGACGACAAUGCGGAAUUUAGGCAGAAAAGAAUAUUUGCAUUGGAUGAUCAUUCUGAAAGUGAUCACAGAGAAGUUGAAGCAUCUAAGUAUCAUCUGAACUACAUUGGAAUGGAUGGCAAUAUUGCAUGCAUGGUCAAUGGUGCUGGACUUGCCAUGGCCACAAUGGAUAUAAUUCAUAUGUAUGGAGGUAGUCCUGCUAACUUUUUAGAUGUUGGGGGAAUGGUUCAAGAAGAGCAAGUCCUUCAAGCAUUUAGAAUUUUGACAUCUGAUGAAAAUGUGAAAGCAGUUUUAGUUAACAUAUUUGGUGGUAUAGUCAAUUGUGCCAUUAUUGCCAGAGGAAUAACAAAUGCUUGUAGGAAUAUUCAACUAAAAGUGCCUUUAGUUGUUCGACUUGAAGGAACUAAUGUAGAUGAAGCUAAAGCAAUUCUUGCAAAUAGUGGUCUUCCAAUUGUUACUGCCACAGAUCUUGAUGAUGCAGCUAGAAAAGCUGUAGCUAGUCUUCAGUGAAACCAUAUCAAAAAUUAUAACUUUUUUUAAUUUAUGACUUAUUCUUGCUAUAUGAGAUAGCCAGAAUCUUAAAUUAAUUUUAGAGCGUAUAAAAUAAGAUUAUAUUUUCAUUCCUAGCUUGUUGAUAUUUUGGGUGCUAUAAUUCAAAAUUUGAAACUAAAAAAUAAGAUUUCAAUUUUAAUAAUUUUAUAGGUUCAUUUUAAAAUGUUUUAAGUAAACAUUUAAGUAUUAGUAUUUUUAGUUUUUAAAAAACUGUUAAGAAAUCAUAUUGUCAUUUGUUUCAUACAUUCAUGUGUACUUACUUUUACUUUCCACAUGUUUUAACUAUGUACAAAAUCAAAUGACAUAUUGUUCUUUGAAGGCUAUGUAUUAAUUUCUAUUGAUUUACAUGAAGUUAUAUUCAUAACUCAUUUUAUGCUGUAUUUAUUUGUAAAGAAAAUGAGCCAUUUUUUACUGUAUAAAAAAAUAUUUUGUUAUUAAAAUCUAAGGAGCUUAAAAUUAGAUUUCUAUGCAUAUAUUGACUAUAUUAAUAUUUUUAAAGGUUGAGAUGUGUACUUGUUUGAUUUGUAUACACUUAAAAAAAGUUUUCAUUUUCCUCAAAUUAAAUCAGGGUUUGUUGAUUUAAAUGAAGUUUAAAAAAAAAUCAUUGUUUAAAAUCAUUUACUUACAAAGUUUUUACUUUUUAAAUGAUUUUAAUUUUAGAGUCUGUUGUUCAAAAUAUAAAAUAUGUUGCAUUUACAACUUUGCUUCAAUUAACAAAGCUAUCGAGAUCCUUCUCCGCUUGUCUAUAUGUGAGUUCACACUCUGUGUAAUGUCAUUACUUGAGAGCUAAAUUGUGUUUUCAGAACCUAGCUAUAUUGCUGUUAUUCUUCGGAAAUGAAAUGAAGAUCAAAGUAAAUAUUGCAGUUUUUUAUACUCUAAUAUGGCUAUGAAAAAUCCUUUGCUAAAACAUACACAUUUAUGAAACAGCUGUAUCCAAAACAAAUUCAUUUCUUUUCACAGGUGUUGACCUUUCUGAACCGUAACAUUUAUGAAAUGUUUAGAGAAAUUAUCCUAAUAUCAUUAGUAGACUGCAUGGAUAUAUUUAUAUAGAUUGCUUCUGAUCACUUUGAGUCAUGUAGUGAAAUUGAACGUAUGAUUUUGCUAAAUGGGUAGUAAAAACAUUAUCAAGUAUUAAAAUAGAAAAAAUAUUAAAGUGUACUCAGUUUAAAAAAGUAAGUGCUCAUAUAAAACAGCACAAUUGUUAAGCCCGUUUCAGAUUCCAAAAGUAAAAGUGAAUUUUAAUUAAACUUACUCAUUUUUUUUUUCAACAUUUAGUGUACUAUUAUUCUAAACAUUAAAUGUGAUUUAAGGUCAUGCAAGUAUAAAUUGGUUUUUCUUUAUGUUUUUGUAAAAAACAAUGCCAUGGAAAUCGCGUAAAAUAUAUAUUUUAAACAUCAUCUUACAGAUAUAUGUAACAAAAUUAAUGUCAAAAAUCCUUGAAGUCGAUUUGAGAAAAUCAAACCCUGAUUUAAAGAGGAAUCAAUUCAAGUACACAGGUUAUAAAAAUAUUUAUAAGUCAUUUUUAUUUUUGUAAAGUGAAUAUUUUAUAAAUCAUAACAUAAAGGAAUAAAAUUGAACUGUGAUGUCUUUGACUAUGCUAAAGAUACAAUAGUUUAACUCAGUGCUGUAGCUGGAAUUUUUUUUUUUUUUUUGGCGUACUCAUCUUGGGGUUUGGAGGACUCAUCAAAAGAAAAAAAGGUUUGAAACCAAUUGACAUUAUUUUUAUUUUAUUGUUAGUAUUAAUUUACAUUAAAAAAUCAAAUAUUUGGAGGACAGCACUGUUUUUUCAUAAUUCAAAAUGUAUAUUUUGUUGCUAUUGUUGAGUGAACUAAUUUUUUUAAAAAAUUAAUCAUUACAUGUUAAAUGAAAAAUAUUUUUUCGUUUGUAAUUGAACGUUCAGUCAUUUUUCAAAGAAUAAAAUUAGACAAGGAAAAGUUUGAGUGAAAAUAAAAUAUAUAUUUGCAAUGAAA